AUGUGGUGCUGGCAUCCGACGCACAUCCACCCUCGCACGCCGAUCCGCGAGGAGAACUACCAUUGCUGCUGCAAGCUCGGCAAGGCCAAGAUCGGUUUCGCCGUCUUCCUCAUCCUUGAUGCCGUCUUCCUUGCCUUUUUAAUCCUCUCCGUGAUCCUCGGAACCCCCGAUGCCCGCCUGCCUACUGCAAUGAUCUUCGCUUUCUGCCUCCCGAUCAUGUUCCUCGGAAUCAUGGCCCUCAUCACACAGAAGCCCAUGUUCAUGCAGGCCUACGGAGUGGCAUACAUCGUCCAACUGGUGCUCCUCACCCUCUCAAUCCUCACCUACACCUUCAUCUACCUGUCCGACACUGAGGGUAAGGCCACCGAUUUCCCACGCGCCAACGAGGAUCCGCAUUCGCCCAAACAAGUUCGAUACACCGUCAGCAUCGCCGUUGGGGCCCUGAUCUUCCUGUUCCUCCGCGGAUGGAUCACCCUCAACUACUACAAAUUUGUCAGGGACCGCCAACUGGCCCUGGAGACCGUUGGCCACAGCCUGACCAGCCGCUCGGAUGUCGAGUACCAGGAGGGAAAACUCGUCAGA